AUGGCGACUCGUUUGGGGAGGGGGAGGGCGAGGGCGUGGGCGUGGGCGAUCGCUCCUGCUCUCACCUCAGCGUCAGCGUCCUCGUCGUCAACGUCAUCAUUAUUGCGGAAUUCAGCGGCUUCCGUCCGAGCCUCGUCGUCUUUUUUGGCCUUUGUCGACCAUGGCGUCUCGAAGCCAAGGCAGUUGCGCGCUUUCUCUUCAUCAUCUUCCUCUUCCCAAACCUCGCAGAAACCUAAGGGGAAGGUAACAGACCGUCUUUCCUCCGUAAUUGACGCCGUUAACGACCGUAAACUCCCUCCUGAGCUCCGUGGCCAACGUAACAACGUCAGGUCCGAAACUGACAUUAUCAACGUCGUGGAGCAACGGAUAUGGCAUUCUAUGGAGGAAGGCCAGUUUGAGAACUUGCCUGGGAAGGGAAAGCCUUUGGACCUUAGUGUUAAUCCCCAUGCAGAUCCAGCUGAAGAUACUUUGUACCGGAUUCUAUCAAAAAAUGGAUGUGCCCCUGAGUGGGUUGAGUUAAACAAAGAGAUCAGGAAUAGAAUUGCAGAAUGGCGUACAGCGCUUAGAAAGGCCUGGUCAUUUAAAGGCGGUCAAGAUGAUGACAAAUGGACCGAAGGCUCAGAGGCUCUAAAGCUGCAAUUACAGGACAUAAAUGACAAGGUUUUUCGGUACAAUCUCAUUGUUCCAUUUGGCCGUCAGAUGUUUGGACUGAAGUGGGAGAAAGAACUAGAUCGCCUGACAGAAACAGUAUAGGUGGCUUCUUACAGCUGUAUUGAUUGGUGUUUGUUCUCUCUUUCAUCGUUUUCCUUGUACUAUUUCUUCCUUCCUUAGUUCCUUAUGUCCUCCUUUUCACCGCCGCUAAGGGCAGAUUAGUGAUUUACGGGGUUGGAGGUAUGGAUGGUUGCGACAAUACGCUCAUAUGACAAAAAAUUUUCUCUUCGAAAGAA